AUGUUGACCCGCACGCUGCCGGAAAAAUUGAUGCCGCCAAAGGCGCUGCUGAUGCUGCGAAACGUGUCGUCGGUGGCGUCCGGGAAGGCGGCGUUGGCGGCACCGUUUGCGAGACCGUCGUUGUCGGCAGGGAUUGCAAGGCCGUCGUCGGCAGGGAUUGCAAGGCCGUCUUCGUCGGCCGGGCUUGCCCUGGAAACCCGCGCCGCGGGCAACGAAUUGAACCAGUCCAAGAGACACCGCCGGUGCACCACCAACGAGCAUGUGCACGGCCGAACAAAGUCCUGGGCGUCGUGGGCGGUGCCGAACGGCGGCACUUCGCUGGAGCCGCCCAAACAGAGCGCGCAGAUGUCAGUCAUGGGGAGUGAUGGGUUGGUUGUUGGUUGUUGGUUGUUGGUUGUUCUGGUGGUUCUUUUAUGUGUCUUUCUGUCUCUGUCUCUGUCUCUGUCUCUGUCUCUGUCUCUGUCUCUGUCUCUGUCUCUGUCUCUGUCUCUGUCUCUGUCUCUGUCUCUGUCUCUGUCUCUGUCUCUGUCUCUGUCUCUGUCUCUGUCUCUGUCUCUGUCUCUGUCUCUGUCUCUGUCUCUGUCUCUGUCUCUGUCUCUGUCUCUGUCUCUGUCUCUGUCUCUGUCUCUGUCUCUGUCUCUGUCUCUGUCUCUGUCUCUGUCUCUGUCUCUGUCUCUGUCUCUGUCUCUGUCUCUGUCUCUGUCUCUGUCUCUGUCUCUGUCUCUGUCUCUGUCUCUGUCUCUGUCUCUGUCUCUGUCUCUGUCUCUGUCUCUGUCUCUGUCUCUGUCUCUGUCUCUGUCUUUCUCUAUCCUGGUCUUCGAUACCAGACUAGAAUUGCGUCAAGAUGAAACUCCAAGUUCCUUAUAG